CAGAAGAAUAAGGUGGCGCUCGAGAUACUGUCCUAUCAUAACACUAGUAAUAGCGAGGAACUGGAGCGCACACGGGAGGACGUCAUCAAAUUCAAGACACCCCAGGUCUUAGAUACAUCGUUUUCGCCCUACUAUUUGAGUGAUGACCACAAACUGUUGACUUCAAUCAAAGUGUUUGAGCAAAUCAGCGGAAUUCCUAAUCUGGACAACGAUGACCUCUACAGGUUCACGUUAAGCGUUCGCAAAAACUACCGGCGCGUUCCCUACCAUAACUGGACCCACGGAUUCAGUGUUGCCCACAGUCUAUACGUGUUUAUCCACGACUCUGACCGGUUCACCCGACUCGAGAAGUUGGCCUUUUUCGUGAGCGGCCUCUGCCAUGAUCUCGACCACAGGGGGACAACCAAUCAAUUUCUCAUCCACUCAUCCGCGCCGUUAGCCGCCAUAUACACCACAUCCCCAUUAGAGCACCACCACUAUAACCAAACCGUUCACAUAUUG